GUGCGGCGGAGUUGUCUUGGGUCAGAGCGGUCAAUGCGUUCUACAUGUUGGGAACUUUAGCGUAACCCAAAUAUGGCCGUCAAUAUCUAGGCAACGGCGUCCCAUGUACCGAACGUAUAAAUUGUUACCCUGGUAAAAUUGAAAUUAUUUUUAACAUUAUCUGUGUCGAAUAAGCAGCUUACGAAUCGCACACGAGUUGCAUGUGUUUUGACUAGUAACAUGACCCCUUCGGUGGAUGACAUCGUACAUAUCCCGCUGAUCUAUUCAUUGCCCUCACUCCACCUGAAAACAUUUUUUGAGUAGAGUUUUACUAAAGGUGAUUGGUCAUGUCAGACAACGAAGAACUUGUGCAGGAGACAACUAGUAUGGAACAAUAUGAUGAGGAACUCGAACAGGAGACGACUAGCCCUGAUCGAGGUGAUGAAGAUGAUGGUGUAGAAGUCGUUGUACAGGAAACUACUGAGAUGGAGACAGAGGAUGGUGUUGUCACAGUAACCAAAACAGUCACGACAACAAGGCACGAGGACGAUGGCAGCGACAGUUCAUCCAGUAGAAGCGACAGAGGUUCAGCCAAUGGAGAGGAAGAGCAAGAACAGUUGGUACCAGACUUGACGCAAGACGAAUACGAGAAAGAAGAUCCGGAUUCUUUGUAUGUUGGCAUAAAGUCCAUUAAAGGGAAAUUUGAAACUGCAGGUAGUUUUGAUGAACUAAAGGAACCAUGUGUCACAAUAGAACCAGAAAUUAUGUCUCGUGAACCGGAGGUUGUUGAAAAUGAGCCAGAAGUACGUGUAGAUCUAGCUCGAGAAGAAAGCGCUAAAGAAGAGCCCAGAGAACUGUAUGGUGGUAUGAAGUCGAUACGUGGGAUGUUCGAAAGUGGUGAGGUUAAGAAAACAAAAAAGGUUGAUAACGUGAAGGUUGAGAAUCUGGCCGAUAGCUGGCAGGAAGCAGAGGUACAGGUUGUGGAAAAUGAGCCUGAAGUUAGAGAUGAUGUAGUGAGGGCUAGUGAUAGACCAGAGGAUACCGAGGUGCUGACAUUUGCUGGAUUGAAAUCAAUAAAGGAUAGAUUUGAAAAGAAGGAGGAGCGUUCAAACGUGCCACCCAAGGUGAUUGACAUCUAUAGUGGACAGGAACCAAGGCAUGACACAGACAGCAGUGAUGAGGCAGAGAUGGAGGAGGAAGAAGAGAAAAACAAGGAAGCAGAGAUCUUAGCAUCUUUGAAUGCUAAGUCAAUGAAACAGAGAUGGGAAAGGGGUGAUGUCAGUCGUGUUGAGGUGAAAAAGACGGCUACUGUGAGCUUGCCUGCCAAACUGGAUGACUAUGAAGUAAAUGCAGAUGCUGGAAUGGUUGAGAACAACCCGAUACGGCGUGAUGAUGUGGUCAGGGAGUCGGAUACUAGUAAACAAAUUUUUUCCACGAAUACAAAAAAACUGCGCAGCAUGUGGGAAACUGGCAACAUAAGCAACCCAAAGCAGCCAAUCAAAAAACAAUUAGAUAUAGAUAUUAGAUCAUUGCGGGAACAGGAAGAUGCAGGUGCACAUGUUGUGGAAAAUGAGCCUGAAAUUAGAACUGAUGUUGUCAGGGAAGAGGAAGAAAAGAUUGUCUUUUCAAGUGCUAGGUUGCUAAGAGACAGGUGGGAGAAGGGAGAUGUGGUGAAAGCAACUAAGAUACACAAACAAGUUAUUGAUAUUCCCGUGAGGGAAGAUACUGAUGCUGAUGACAGUGUGGUGGAAAACAAUCCUGUGCAAAGAGAUGAUGUUGUAAGAUCUACUGAUGUCAUGGAGGAAGGUGUCCUCACGACGUUUGCGAGUUCUCUACGCAAUAAAUGGGAGAAAGGUGAGUUUGAAAAUGUUUCCGUAAUAAAGAAAGAAAAGAUUGAAAUUCCGCGUCAUGCCUUUGAAGACGUACUUGAAGAGGGCGUCGUUGAGGGUGGUCAAACAACCGAAAAUGAGCCUGAGCUGCGUUUGGAUUUAGCCCGGGAAUCUGAUGGGCGUGACAAAGUGGUACUUUCCGCCAGUGCUAAGUCAUUGAAACAAAAAUGGGAAACAGGAGAUCUUGCACAUGCUGAAUUUAAAUCUGAAAAGGUUGAAACAUCCCCUAAAUCGCUGGAUGAGCGUGAGGAAUAUGUUGUGAGUGAUGAUGAUGAAGAUGAACGUCCAAGGGAGACGCCCGAGCCAGUACACCUGUCUGUUAGUGCCAAAGCAUUGAAAAAUAAAUGGGAAACUGAUGAUGUUACGCAUGCUGAAGAAAGACAUAGUAAAAUACAUCUGGAAACAAAAUUAAUAGGAGAAGAUUAUGAAGAUGAUUCAGAUGACGUUACUCCUAACGAUGAUGAUGAGCAGCCUCAAAGUCCUGAAGAGGAAAGAUAUUUGUAUAAACAAGACAGCCAAACUGAAAAUCAAGAGGACUACAGCUACCAAGGCAGCCCAGAUGGAUAUCGCCAUGACGAUAGCCCGGAAGGAUAUCACCACGACAGUAGCCCGGAUGGAUAUCACCAUGACGAUAGCCCGGAUGUUUAUCACCAUGACAGUUCAGAUGGAUUUCUGCUUGUGGACAGCCAGGAUGGGUAUAAAGCAGAAUAUGUUGCUGAGGAGGAGACAAAUGAACAAGAUGAUGGGAGACAUAAUCACAAAGCUGACACUCAAAAUGGAUUUAAUGGUUUUAAUAAUGAAUUCUACAAAUCUUCACCUGAGUCACCAAGGGAUGAUACAGUUUACUAUGAAAAUGUUAAGGACAUGAAAUUUUCUGCUAAUAUCUAUGAAGAAAAACAAGAUACUGAAGGAAACUUGGUUGAUGAUGAUGAUGACAGCGAUAGUGGCAUAGUCAAGACAGCUAAUCUACUGGAUUUCUGAUUUAAAUCUUGGAAGUUUCACUGGUCUCUGGAUCCCAAAAUGGAUGUCAUCACAUACCUGUGUAUAUUUCUUGGAUUGACGUCCGUGCCUUAAACAUUGGCUACAGUACAAUUAAAUCACCAUAUCUAAGAACUGAUUAGUAUUACAAAAUUGAAUAAAUAUGAUGUGCCAUUUAUUAGAGGGCCACAAUGUACUUGAAGAAAAUGGUUUGAACUUUAAACGGUGAUUGGGCCCCAUGGAACAAAAUAUUAUUUUCUGUGUAGUUUAGUUCAACUCGAAUUAUACGUGUUUAUAUGUAGUCUCAGUCCAUAUUUACAAAAAGUGUUUUUAUAUAGUCAGCACUUGAAUGCCCAUAUUUUUUUCUAGAUUAAUUUUCUGGAGUUAACAAAACGAAAGUUUGAAAUCUUGAGAGUAUUUGCAUAUUUUGCGGCCAAAUGUAUUUAAAUAUAUAACGUGACUUGGGUCAUCAACCUGUAUGGCCAUGAGACAGAGAACGCUGUAUGCAAUCUAUUUAUUUGUCUAGUAUUUCGUGUCGUACAAUGUCGUCAGUUUAAUUAUGUAGCAAGCAAAGUCAUUUCUAUAUGUUCUAUAAGUUUAUCACUCAAAUGCAAAACUCGAAUGCAAUGUCGGCCAUUAUUAGUGUACGUGCCUGGCAUUAUGUUCUGUGUUCAUGUCUCACUGUGAUGCACUAAAAUUUAUUUUUGGAUAACUGUUGCACAUUUUAGUUUUGUUGUAAAUAACUUUGCCAAGAAAAGUUGAAUGUGCUGAUUUAAAACAGGAUAUAUGUAGUUAUAGAUUAUAUAUUUAUGCAGAAGUUAUUGACCUUGGACAUGUAUUUAAAAGAAGCAUAUAAAGCCUUACAUUUUUCUCUUUUCAAAGAAAACUUAAUUGCAACAAACAGACUUUUAUAUCUGUCGUUCUAUUCCCCUGCCUUUGGAGCUUUCAUACAGUUUUCAAAAAUUCACUUUAAAAAAAAAAAAAAAUUUGUAUAUUAAAUUUACUGGGAUACCCCAAAAUCUUAACUAUGCAAAUUAUAUUUACUCCAUGCAUAAAGAAUUAGGAGGGAAAAAAUACAUGGAGAUUAUAUCAUGGAAACUUUUUUUUUUUACGAUAGAAUACCCAGUGAAGAUUAUUUUUAUCGACAGCUUAGAUAUAUAACUUUGCAUCCUGUUGCGACUUGUAAAGCUAUAAAGCUUGUAAUGUAUUUUUGUAGCUGCUAAAUAUUGGAUUCUUGUUAAUGGUGUUGAUAUCAUUCGCAUAUUUCUUAUCAAUUAUGCAGCGUAUCGAUGCUCUACUCGAUGUGCUAAUAGCUUUUCUUAAUAUACUGAAUGCCUGGAAAAGUGCAAAAAAAAAAAAAGAAAUUUGUUGUUAGUUGCUCGAUGUCUGCUAAUUGAAUGAUCGGUUAUUCUGUGCUAUGUUUUGUACAAUUAAAAUAAAUAUAGCAUUUAUCU